AGUUUACAUUUUGUUUUAACAAAAGCAUAUUAAUACUUGAGAAAUAUGUUUUCAAAAGUAGUUUUCUUCGCUUUGGUUGCUCUGGUUGCCCAGGCUCUGGCUGGUCCAGAAUUCUGUCCUGAUCCGUCCGCUGCAAAGGAACAGGUCUAUAACGGUGUUGUACAUGGAGAUAAACCAUUAUUCGGAAGAGUUUCGAAAGAGAUUGAUUUGAAAACAGAGGGAAAAGUCCCCACUUGUAUAUUGGUGACUGGAUUCGCUGCUAGUGAAUCGAAAGGCGUUCUUUCACUAACUGCCAUUGGAAUUUCAAAGGAAGGCGAUGUAAGUCUUCAGCUAGUCUCCACAAUUAAAAAUGGAAUUGAUGUGGUAGUUGAAGUGUAUACGGAAUAAGUUACAUAUAAUAAACUAACGUAUUGAAAGUA